UGGGGUAUGCACCGGGGCAGUAUAAUCCCAACUUUUGGAUUCUUCUUCAUGGGGUGUAUAUUGCCUGGUGGUUGGCUGGGUUAGGGGAGCCAACGUUUGAGCAAUUCAUGUACCUGUACUCCAUUUCGAAGCAGCAGGGGAAUUUUGGCUGGGUACAGGCGAAUUGCCGAAAGGCGAAGGAGAGGGGCUAUUUUAUUGGACACAAGCCCACAACGCAAAAGUCCUGGAGGAAUAGGUGGUGCAUGGCUUAUGGGGACUGGGAGUGUCCUCCAGGGAAGAGCGUUGUCCAGCACAUUCCUACCCACUUCCAGUCUAUAGGUCCUUGGCCCCAUCCCUUAAGAUUGUCUAAUGCCUGAUUGUGUUGUUUUGGCUCCUAUUUUUGGUUCUGUACUUCCUCUGUGCCAGUGUAAAUGGCUAAGUAGUUUCUAACUCUUGAUGCAGGUUCAGUGAAGUGGGGCCCUAUCUCCAAGGAGCAAGAAGACGAAGUUGAGUGGGUGAGGGCGCAGCUAUCAGAGACUGCGCGUGAGUGCGGGAACCUAGUCACGCAGAAGAAUUUGUUUGAGUCCGGACUGCUGCAAGGAAUGGCUGGCAUCAUAAGGGGGAGCACGAAGGUGGUCGUAGACAUUGAUGAGGCCGAGAUGCAGAGGCGACUGAGGGAGUCUCGGGCCAAGAAAGCUGAGAAGAGUGCUGGAAAACGACCCAGGGAUGAUGAUGAGGGUCGGGUCGCGGACGUGCUGGGGAAAAGGAAAGCCUUGGAGGAGGCUCAUCAGCAUGUGAUGGGGUCAGGGCCGAGACUUCCGCCCUUUGAUCUGCAGGCACCGGCGAAGCUACCCUUCGGCAUGGAGGACGUGUUCGCUGAAGGGGUAGAGAAGGUAGACUUCGGCAGGCUACGCCAGCAGAAGAAGGAGGUCAACCUGGCUAUGCACCGGCAUGAGGUGCCUUUAGUGAACGUCUUCCUGGAAGGCGUGAAGAGCGACCCUGAGGCCCUGGCGAGGACUCCAGCCUCUUCCUUCAUUGACCGGGCCCAAAAGACGAUCCUCACUUCUACCUAUGCCUUUGGCGAGAUGUACGUCAGCAUGGCCAAGGCUGACAAGGAGAUCCAGAGGCUGAAGAGGUGA